AUUAACACUAACUUCUAAAACUUGUAGUAUUUUGUUUAUGAAAAUAAAUAAAUAACAUAAUAUUUUAGAAUUUUAGAAUGGAUGAUAUAGUAAUUGGUAUUGAUCUGGGUACCACAAAUUCGUGUAUUUCUGUUUAUACGAAAGGCAGAAUACAAAUUCUAGAAAAUACAAGAGGAGCAAGAGUUACACCAUCUUUCAUCUACUUUCCGCCUCAAGGUGGUAUCGUCAUUGGUGAACAUGCAAAAUCAAUGUCAAUUCAGAAACCCGAAAACGGUAUCUACGAAAUGAAGCGACUUGUGGGCAGACAGUUUGAUGACACAUACAUUCAAAAAACUCUCGACUAUUUUCCCUUUGUAAUAACGUCAGGCGCCUCUAAUCUCCCAGUGAUUUCUUUUAAUCAGAAUAAUACAACAAUCCAGAAAACACCACAAGAAUUGUGUACAAUUAUACUACAAGAAUUAAAAAAAUAUGCAGAAAUAAAAUUGAACCAGAUAGUAAAUAAAGUUGUCAUAACCGUUCCGGCUUACUUCAACGUCACACAACGAGAAGUCACUUUAGUAGCAGCUAAAGAUGCCGGGUUUACUGUGCUCAAGCUGCUAAAUGAACCAACAGCAGCGGCUUUAGCUUACUACUUCGAUAAUGAUAUAACCGAAAAUCAUAUUUCAUUAGUUUACGAUCUGGGAGGCGGAACCUUCGACGUUGCCAUUCUUCAGAAAAAAACUGAUAAUGUGGAAGUACUAUGCGUGGGUGGAGACACACAACUAGGGGGUCACGAUUUGGAUAAUUGCAUUUUAGAUUAUAUUUUAGAGGUGCUACGCAAAGAUUACCAUUACAAUGCAAAAAUAAAUCCAGAUGAUAAAAGAAGAUUACGUAAUAAGUGCGAAGAAGCGAAGAAAGAACUGUCAUCGACUAAUGAAGCAUUGAUAACUAUAAACGGAAUGGUAGCUAAUCAUCCCAGAAUUAUUAUUACACUGACGAGGUCUGUCUUUGAAGAGAAAGCCAACAAGUUAUUUAAAAAAACUAUUGACAUUCUACAUAACUGUUUAGUCAGUUCAAAAAUUUCCAAGCAAUCGAUUCAAGAGGUAAUUUUAUGUGGUGGUUCCACCCGAAUACCCAAAAUACAAGAAAUGGUUUCGGAAUAUUUCGAAGGCAAACAGUUAAAUAGAUCUGUACAUCCUGACGAGUGUGUAGCUGAAGGAGCAGCUUUGCAAGCAGCUAUGUUAUCAAUUAAUAAAAAACAGGAUAUUGAACAACUGAAAAUGUUCGACGUUGUUCCUCUUUCGUUGGGUUUUUCUAGUCUCGGAAGUGAGAUGAUUGUUGUAAUCCGUAGAAACACGAAGAUACCGACUAAAGGAUCUCAGGUUUCUGUAAACAGGCACGAAAAGCAUACCUCGUUUUCUGCUGGAAUAUAUGAAGGUGAACGCACAGAUGCAAGGAAAAAUCGUUACUUGGGAAAAUUAUCCAUUGAUGGCUUAUCACCGGCACCUCCCGGACAACGACAUGUAACUUUUACUCUCAAUAUUGAUUCGAACGGGAUACUAACAGCCAAAGCUGAGGAAAUGUUGUCUAAUAACGUUAAGGAAUUGAAAGUGAAUUACACUAGAGGUGACAGGAGUGAGUUUGAAAUUCAAAACUCUUUACUAGCUGCAGUUGAAAAUAAGGAGGCAGAUGAAAAGUUCACAAAUUUUGUUCGAAUUAAACAGUACUUGAUUCAGUAUUUAAUGCGGUUCUUGUAUAACUUUGACAAAAAGAAGUUGCGCUAUGGAUCGAUUAAAAUAUUUUGCGAACAGACAAUAAAUGACUUAAAUGUUAUGGAAGUCGAUCAAAUUGAAUACGUAAAAAGUCUUUUUGAAGAAGUAAGUACAAAAUGUUAUCCAAUUGCCGAAAAUUAUGAAUUUGAAUACAUGCCUAAAAACCGAUAAUAGAUAUGCUUUGUUUGGUUAUUAUUAAUUUUAGACUAAAUAUGUUUCAUUCAAGUUUAUUAUUAAAAGAGUCGUAGCACUUCUAAUUUCGCCAAUCAGAAGAGAUAUUUGUAAAUUUUGCUGAAUAUUAGGAAUAAAACCACAGAUAACAAGGAUUCUAUCUUGUAUUUUACACCAUUAAUAAUCUGAACAGCAGAUGUCUGUCAGUAAUGAAAGUACUAAUUUUGUACUAGAUUUCUUAUUGUAAUAUUGAAAGAAAGUUGGUCCAAGUUGUGUUUUCUGCAGCAUCUUUUUCGUCUUUAAUAUAUGUUAAUUUUGUUACGCCCUUUACCUUUUUAUUAAAUUCUUUUUUUUCUUCUGUUGGAUGUUAUAUCAAAUGUGGAAAGUAUAAACUAGAUGUAUUCAUAUAAAAACUUA